CAAGAACAAAAUAGGGUUUAGCAUUCAAACCCCUCUCGUUAUUACAAUGGGGGAUCGAGAGCAAAAUCAAUAUGAAAGUCCAAGUCAAAAUCAAUACGAAAAUCAAAAUCCAAGUCAAAAUCAUGUCGGUUUCGAGAGCUACGUGGUGAUACACAACAUAGCAAAGCGGCACAAUGUUGGUACAUUAGCUCGUAGCGCCACCGCAUUCGGCGUUUCCGAGCUCAUUCUGGUUGGCCGCCGUGACUUCAACGCCUUCGGCAGCCACGGAUCUACCUCUCAUCUUCGCUUCCGCCACUUCUACUCCCUGUCCGACGCCCGUCUCUUCCUUAAGGAGAAAGAUUGUGAUAUAUGCGGUGUGGAAAUUACUGACAACGCGACAGCUGUAAAUGGACACCCGUUUAAGAAAAACACAGCUUUUCUUCUCGGCAACGAGGGUAGUGGAUUAUCUGCUAAAGAAUGUGAAUUUUGUGAUUAUUUCGUGUAUAUUCCACAAUAUGGGUGUGGCACUGCUUCUCUAAAUGUCACUGUUGCAGCUUCCAUUGUUCUACAUCACUUUGCAGUUUGGGGGGGAUUUCCUGAGCGAACACGCGAUGGGAACAAAUUUGUUGUGGCAGAACGGCCCGUGCGUAAAGUGGGCCGUAACUUCUCCACAGAAACAGCCGAGUCUGUCACUGAAGAACGAAAACUUAAAAAAGAAAAUGAUGCCAUAAACGGAUUUUUUGAUGAAUCGCAUGAAGACGAUUCUUCUAAACUUCUUGAUUCUGUUUUUGGAGAUUAAUUUCUAAAAAAUCUUUACGGAGUUUUACUUGGAUGCUCUAGGUAAAUUGUAGUGAUUUGUACUUUACUAUUUUUAGUAAUAUCGACAAUGUACUUUAUUUUUUUUUUAACUAUAAUAGCAAUGUA